UGACGUCAGUGGGGGCAAGGCACAGAAGUAGGAAGUGUUGUACACGGAAAUAAAAAACAAACAAAAUAAGAUAUAGUCAAAGAAGAUUAAACAUCGUCAACGUCGCUGGGGAGUAUCGGGAGUGUUACAGUGAGACUUAGUUGCCUCAAGUGGCGCAGAAAUGGAGUUUUUGUUUGGAAAGCGGAAAACUCCUGAGGAGAUGCUCCGUCAGAAUCAACGAGCCCUAAACCGAGCAAUGCGGGAUCUGGAUAGAGAGCGUCAAAGACUGGAACAGCAAGAAAAGAAAAUCAUUAAUGACAUUAAAAAAAUGGCCAAACAGGGUCAAAUGGAUGCAGUAAAGAUCAUGGCUAAGGAUCUAGUGCGCACACGAAGAUAUGUAAAGAAGUUCAUCAUGAUGCGGGCAAACAUCCAGGCAGUUUCUCUUAAGAUCCAAACACUAAAGUCCAACAACAGCAUGGCUCAGGCCAUGAAGGGUGUGACCAAAGCAAUGGCAACCAUGAAUAGACAGCUGAAGCUGCCCCAGAUCCAGAAAAUAAUGAUGGAGUUUGAAAAGCAGUCUGAAAUCAUGGACAUGAAGGAGGAAAUGAUGAAUGAUGCCAUUGAUGAUGCAAUGGGAGAUGAAGAUGAUGAGGAAGAGAGUGAUGCUGUUGUAUCUCAAGUGCUGGAUGAACUAGGAUUAACUCUGACAGAUGAGCUUUCUAACCUCCCAUCCACUGGAGGAAGUCUGUCAGUUGCUGCCGGCAAGAAGGCUGAACCAGCUGCUGCACUCGCAGACGCAGAUGCUGACCUGGAGGAAAGACUGAACAACCUGAGGAGGGACUGAGCGAUUAGAAGAAGCAUUAAAUGAGCCUUUAGAUGGAAUGAUGGGGCUAACAAAGUAACCGGUGAAACAAUUCAGCUGUUUGACUAGUAUAGGAAAGAAUUGGUUGAAUUCAGGUGGAAUGCCUAAACAUUUUUUGGGGGUUUGUUUGUUUUUUUUAGUAUAAUAUAAUUGUAGUACCCUUAAAAGACAAAAGUCCAUACAUUGGGAAUGGAGUUUAUAUUAUGCUCAUUGUGUAGUGAUGUUCCGGAAAAAGGGAUAAAAAAAUAAAUAAGUGUAUUGGACCUGUACAGGUCUCCGGUUUCUUCCCCAAUAUAUUGAGGAGCUCAGUGUGGGGCUUUUUUUUGGACUAACCGUUACCACUGUGGGUUCAGCAUUUUCAUUCUUUUUAUCAUAAUGCUGUAAAAAGUUUCCUGAAAAACCCACUCCAAUUUAGUGUACAUUUUUGUACUGAUUUAAUUUCAAAAGUAAAGAACUCUAAAUACUCUUCUAAAUAUGUAAAUGUACAGUAUAUUAUACAAGUGAUUUGCACAGCUAUGCGCUCAUCAGUUUAUAUAAAGAAUGUUGCUAUUCCUUACAGUGUUGCUGACUACACUGACAUUUCUGUCACUUUUUUUGAGGAUGUAUUUCUUUUGGACGUUUGAAACAUGUUGGGGAGGUAGACCUAGUCUUGAUGUGUGCCGAGCGGUGAGUACUAACUGCUGAUGCACAGAGGACGUGUGCUUUAUUCAAGCAGUAGAUGGUCCUAAUCUCCUACACAGACAGUUUUCCCACCUCUCUGUGACAGUGGAAGAUGGUAAAAUCAUCAAACUAUACAUUUUUCUGUCUCAUAGAUAUGUUUAAAGAUUCAUUUUAUUUGAUGGUAUAUUUUAAAUAUGUCAUGAGUUUUCUUGUAUAAUAAAUUUUUCUUGGGUUUA